AUGAGCGCCAUCCUGACUCUGUGCAGCAUUUCAGCCGUCGCGUCGCUGGACGGAGGAGCACAAGAUCAGCACGCGCGCUCACUCCUCCGCGUUGACGAGGAGCACAAGCCGCGGUCGCGUCGGUCGUGGGUGGGGGAGAGCAGCGCGACCAAGGGCGAGCGGCCCCCAAAGGCGCUGUACGGCACCGGAUGGUCCUUUCCCCCGCGUGCCAAGGCGACGGAGCCGAUCCAAGGAUACGACGAACCGCCGCUGCAGCACCGGCGGCCGAGCUCCUACCUGUUCACCGCGGUGGCUAGCUCCUGGGACUCGGAGAGCAGCAGGUACCACGGCUAUCGCUGCGGCGACCGUCCGCCGUCGUCGAGCAGGGCGGGUCUCCGACUUGACGACGAGGCCGGGCGGGACGCCAGCCCCUCCGAAGGCGUCGUCAAGUCGGAGACGGUCGAACUCUGAGGGGAGACUGAGGAGGGAAGACAGCACCACGGCACCGGCGUUGAAGAGACGACCGAUGCACAAGCAGUGCGGACAGUAUCACAGGCGAGCAGCUGCUCACAACACCGUGUCCGGCUGUACGGGCGUGUCGUCAUGUGCACUCAGCCGCUGCAGGCACCAGUACGCAGUAGCCUCGUCGUGGGUAUCUCGUAGCGCAUCAAACGCGAGACCGUGAUCCGUGUCGCGUGCGCCGUGACCCGUGUGGGUGUGCCCUGUGCCGUGCCAUCUCGCAUCUGCAAUUCUCUGCAUGUUACGUUUUCGUGUGAGAUCUCGUCCUGAGGAACCUGACUGUCAAUCAUCG